AUGGUUGUGGAGCAAAAACCUUUUAGGAUGUUUGUUAGUACAAUAGUUAGGUGCUUUCGUGUAGUUCUACUGCAAUUUGAUAGAAAUGCAGCAAGAAAUAUAACAAUUUGUACCUUUUGGAAUCCUUUAAAAGAAUGGUUGUCAGCCUCGGUUGUAUACAUAGCACAAGUGAUUCUAAAAAGCACGUCUGGGUGUGAACCUCAAGUAGUUAAACAAGAGGUGGAGAAAGAAAGAGAAGAAGAAUCUGCAGUACUCAUUUCAGAAAACAAUGAAGUAAAACAAGAAGAAGUGGAUUUUGAGCAACAAAAACACAGAGAAGACGAAUCGGAACUAUCCACUUCAGAAAGUGAAGAUGAUGUGAACAUCUCUCAGUUUUCAAAGUCCAAAGGGAAGCAAAUUGAUUGCUCCUCUGUGGAAGUUCGGUUGAACUCUAGGAGCCCUAAAAGCAAACGAAAGAUGGAAAGUGUUGAUGGAAACUCUGGAGAUACCUAUUCUUUUGCAAUGAAACGAGCAAAAGAGGUUCGAGCAAAACUGGACCCCAGAUUUCCUAGCUUCUUAAAGUUAAUGCUGCGUUCUCAUGUUUCUGGAGGAUUUUGGCUUCAUAUUCCUUCGUCUUUCUGCAAAUUGCAUAUGCCAAAGCAUGAUCAAACAAUUGUUUUGGAGGAUGAAACUGGCAAAGCAUAUGAAGUAAAAUACCUUGCUGACAAAAUGGCACUAAGUGCUGGUUGGAAAGGAUUUUCCAUUCAGCACAACUUGCUUGAGGGUGACGUUAUCGUUUUUCAUUUCAUGCCGUUCAACAAGAUUAAGGUGUACAUAGUGAGAGCAAGCAGUUCAGGUGAGAUUAUUGAUGGAGCCCUCUGCAAUUCAAAUCUAAACGCUAAUGCAGGAGAAAGAGAUCUUGGUGGUAGAGACGAGUCUAAGAAUGGUGAGGAUUCCUCGGGCAAAAAUACGGAUGGUGUCUUUGAAGGAUCUUUCGUUGAUUUUCAAGAGUUCCACGUCACAGUUAAUAAUGUUAUUAUAGACUCCAUGCUUACUGAAGAUGUGCGAAGGAACUAUUAUGAGCUUUGCCUCGCUCGGAGCUCAUAUCUUCAUGAUCUCCUUAAGAGCGACAACAAUAUGUUAGCAGCUGGAAUAAUUACAGAGACAACAAAAAUUGCUAAUAAUAUUAGAGAGUGUAAGCUUUCAACCUCUAAUGAUGAUUUUGCAAUGUGGGACAAGACAUUAGAAGGAUUUGAAGUUUUGGGCAUGGAUGUAAGAUUUUUGCGUUCACGGUUAAGCUAUCUUGUAAACAUUGCUUCAAAAAUGAGAGAGACACCACGAUUGAAAAGGUAUGCGGAAGCUAGGCUUGAGCGAGACUGCAGAGAAGAAGAGAUUCAGAUUCUGAAAUCGAGACUACAAGAGAUUAAACAAGCAAAAAUGAAGCUCGAUAACGACAUAGCCGUUCUGAAGGUAGAGGUCGGCAGUUUUGAGCUCAUAUUUGAAGAAGAAGCUAAUAGAUCAUGGUCAUAAGAUACAUCACCAUGAGAACUUUUUAUGAUAUGUGUACAGUGUCAGUUUUCUAAACCAUUAGUUAGGUGCUUUCAUGAAGUUCUGAUGGCCUGAUGGUUAAUGGCUUAAUAUGGCGGCAGAUAUUAAAAUUAAUAUGCCUUUUGCAAUCUUAGAAAGAAUGAAUAUGAAUGGUUGGUUAUAUCCUUGUUAUUAUCCUGUUAAAAAUAGCUUGGAUUCAAGAUGUUUGUACUCUGAAACUACAAUUCCUUGUAGUUUUUUAUGUAAACGUGGCUCCUCCAUGUUAUGAUAAUUACAAUUGACCCCUUGAGUUUA